UCCGAUUUUGGAAUAUGCAGUCUGGAAUCAAACUCAUCCCUGGACACCGUUUACAGCCUCGGUCCGGCCAUCCUCAGGGUGAUAGGUCGACACUAUGCAGUAUAUCUUGGUCCGCCUUUUCGUUGGCGACGAGUUCGCGUGUCUGAACAUCAGCCUGCAGAAUUCGAUCGCAAAAUUAGACGAAGAUGCCAUACCUGGCAGCUGAGCACUAUCCUAUCCCCACGACAGACCUCUUGACAUGGAUGUUCGAUGGACGAGCACCCUAUGAUGUCAACAAACCUCUAUACAUCGAUGCCAAGGAUCCUUCGAGAUCGAUAUCCUGUCAACAGGCACGAGGGAUUGUCCGGAGGCUUGCGGCUGGCUUGCGUAGGACAGGUGUGAGAAAAGGCGAUUGUGUCUGCGUGUUGGCCUUCAACGACAUCCACUAUCCCAUGGCUUUCCUUGGGAUCGUCGCUGCUGGAGCAGUCUUUGCAGGACUGAACCCAUCCUACACGACUUUUGAAUUGGCGCAUGCGAUACGCACAGCGGACAUUACUCAUCUCCUGGUCGAACCAGAGUUUCUCGGCAAGGCAGUCCGGGCAGCAAAGGAAUGCUUAAUCCCGGAAUCUCACAUCUUUGCCUUUGAUACCCUCGGCCAAACAAUACCGCGAGAGUUAAGGGUCAGAAGCUGGAAGGUGCUACAGAUUCGGGGUGAAGUGAUGGAUUGGGAAGUGUUCGAUGACCGACGACGGAGCGAAGGGACGAUCGUUGCCAGAUUGUUCAGCAGUGGUACUACCGGUCUACCAAAAGCACUGAAUGUGUCAAUGUGGAAUCUUAUCGCACAACAUACUCUAGUGAUGGAGGUCAACCCAAGACCAUAUGAGAUUCGCCGCCUUAUAUCCAACCCCAUGUUCCAUGCAUCUCAAGUACCUCGAGCCCACACUAGCGUUAUAAGGUCCGGCCAGGUAUCAUACAUCAUGCGCCGCUUUGAGCUCGAGCCUUGGCUGCAGAACAUCACCAGAUACAAUAUCACAGAAGUCAACAUUGUCCCAAUGAUGGUCGUCAACCUGCUGGCUUCAGGACUGUUGGAGUCGGGAAAAUACUCUUUGCAGGCUCUCCGGAAUGCAUGGGCCGGAUCUGCACCUCUAGACAAGCAGACCCAAGCACGUUUCAAGAAGUAUCUACGGCCUGACACCCCUUUCAAUCAGGCAUGGGGAAUGAGCGAAACCACGUGUAUCGCAACUUGGUUUUAUUACCCGGAACAAGACUUCACCGGUAGCGUAGGGAGACUACUCCCGGGUUGUGAUGCAAAGGUGGUUGAUGAGCACGGCAAGGAUGUCAGUGGAGUUAAGGGCCCGAACGGCAUUGACGUCCAAGGUGAGCUCUGUGUGAGAGGUCCGAUUAUUGUAUCGAACUACCACAAAAAUGCCGAAGCCAACAAGAGAGAUUGGGACACCGAAGGGUAUUUUCACACCGGCGACAUUGCGUACUGCGAUUCCAAAACAAGGAAAUGGUACAUCGUCGGCCGUAGGAAGGAGCUGAUCAAGGUUCGCGGUUUCCAAGUUGCCCCAAUUGAACUCGAGGCUGCCCUCCUCUUGCAUCCUAAAGUUGCAGAAUGUGCUGUUAUUGGCAUACAACGCUCUAGCCAAGAGUCUGAGUUACCAGCGGCGUACAUCGUCUUGAGGCCUGGAUGCAAGCUUACCGAGACCGAAGUCCAUGACUUCACUCUAUCAAGGCUGGCAGGGUAUAAGCAGCUCAGAGGAGGAAUCAGAUUCAUUGAUCAGCUUCCCAGGAAUGCCAACGGCAAGGUCAUGAAGAAUGAGCUCAAGGACAUGCUGAUGCAGGAUAUCAAGGCCAGAUUAUAAUCUUCCGAGUUACUGUACCGAUUUGAAGGAGCCAAGGGUCAAAUAGAAUGGGCGCCCAAGAAUAGAAGAGCUGGCGCUCUAGACGAGGGGUGUCCUCCUUCGAUAUCGUUACUAUAAUCAUCCACAGCUGCGCCGGCUGGAAGUGAUAGCGGG